AUGAAAAGGCUUCCGAAUAUCUCAUCACAAGGUUGUAUGCUCACUCUAGUGCUGAAUGGAAUAAUUUUGCAGUGUGAAUGUUCACUGUGGUUUGGGAUGCGGCAGAUGGGCCCUCCUUCGCAAACGAGCGCACAAUUACCUGCUCCCACGCAAACUCAAGCCGUGAACGCAGUCCCAAGUCCACUGGAAUUUCGCAUCCAUGAAAUGAAUCGCCGGCUGUACAUAUUCAACUCAUCAGGAAAUCUUAAAGAAAAAUUGUUCAUCACUUUAUACACAGAAGCAUAA